CCUAGGUGUUCCAAGCACAAUAUUUUGAACAUGGCCCGCUCGCCCAAGCGCUCGCGCGGCUUCGAUGAUGUCACAGCCUCUGCGCCGCCUGCGGCCCGGCCACGGCGGCCACCACGCAGCUUCGAGGAGACGGCUGCGUUGAUUGGGGUGGUGAAGGAGCUCUCAAACCCCAGAUGUGCCAGGACCAAGGACGUCGUCGAGGGGUCUUCCCGUUCUUGUUGGCGUUCAGGCUUUGCAGCCACUUCCUGAAGAACGACUGCUUGUGGGGCGACCAAUGCCGCUUCUCCCACGACGCCUCCGAGCUCCGCGCGGGCGCGCCGCCCACGGAGGAGAUGAACUUUGCCAAUCUGGAGGAUGGACAGGUGUCUCGAACGUUGCCGGUGCCAAAGGUGCAAGUCAAGCACUUCAUGACUUUGAAGACACGGCAGGUGCUCUUGGAGUCCACCGGACUGAGCGACCUCUCCUGGGACGACGACGCGGACGCGCCGCGCUGCACGCUCCUGGGGGCGGCGCAGCAGGUGGACGAGGCCGAGCGGCGGCUGAGAAGGGCGAUGACCCACUGCCAGUGGGGUGUUUCGGAGGCCAAAGUCUUGAGCCUCCUCGCGCAGAAGCCCUGCGCGUCGGCCAAGCUGCUGUUGAGCCCCACGGUGCCGAGCCUGGCGCAGGGCGUGUGGCACCUGAGCGCGGCCAAGGGGCGCGUGACGCUCGGAUCAGCCAAGAGCAACGAUGUGCUGGUACCUGGAGCUCUGAUGAGCCGGCAGCAUGCGCUCUUCGAGCUUGAAACUGAGAGGGGCGCUCUCUACAUCCUGGACGUCUCCACCAAUGGGACCUUCCUGAACGGCCAUCGCUUACCGAAGAACGGCAAGGUGGCCUUGUGCCACGGGGACGAAUUGGUGUUCCCGGAGCCGUCGGCUUCUGGCGCUGGAGCGAAGCCGGUGCUGGGCGAGUUUGGCUUCAUGGUCAACCUGGAGUUUGGCUGACA